CUUGUGUCUUCAGACGGCUCAGACAGAUUUCUGUGUGAGUCUGUGUUCAGCUACCAGGUGGCGUCAACACUGAAACAGGUGAAGCAUGAUCAACAGGUAUCUAGAAUGGAGAAACUGGCCAGUUUGGUUGAAGAGCUGGAAGCAGAUGAGUGGCGUUACAAACCAAUCGAACAGCUUUUGGGAUUUACUCCGUCUUAAAGUCCAAAUAAAGACCUGCUCAGUAGCCACUAGCUGGACACCACUGGAGGAACAUGUUGAACACAGAACACUACUUUAUUUCCAACUCAUUUGGUUUAUUGUCCUUUGUUGUGUCAUUCCCACAGGGAAGGAUGUUCCUGCCUGUUAUUGGCCAAUGAUUAGCUGUGGUCACGAACUGGAGGAAGGAACACCCUGAUCUGAGAGAGCUAUUGUUGUGACCUAAAAUAAACAACUUUAUCACUGCAAUGAAUUAUGAAUUGAGUAAUUAAUCAUGUUCUAGUGGGGAAAUUGAUGCAUUCAUGUUUUACUAGUGUUUUUUUUUUAAAUAAACGAAAUAAGAUGGAAUCCUCUUCCUAUGUAUUAAAAUGAAAACAUGACAUACUUGGAUUAUCAUUUAUUAAAUAUUUAAAUAAAAAUAUACAGAAUCAA